AUGAGCGUUGUAUAUGGGAAGAAGCCAGAUUGUACUCCGUUGGAUGAGGAUUUGAAGAAUCUGAGGAAUAGUAAGUUUUCUCAAAGUGCGGUUGAUGAGAUUAAAGUUUGGGUAUUUCAAACGAUUUUGCAUGAUCCAGUACCUUCUGCAUCGCUACUAGAUUCUUUGAAAGAUGGUGUAGCACUUUGUCGACUAGCUAAUACAAUUAACGGUGCUGACUCACCUCCAAACGCACCUCCAUUAAUUCCUUAUAAGCAGACCACUAUACCUUUUAUGCAAAUGGACCAAAUAUCUCAAUUUCUACAAUUUUGUAGACAAUAUGGUGUACCAGAGGAUGAAUUAUUUCAAACUGUUGAUUUAUAUGAAGAGAAAGACCCUGCAAUAGUUUACCAGACUUUAAAAUCUUUAUCACGUUAUGCUAAUAAAAGGCAUCCUGAUCUCUUCCCAGUAUUAGGGCCUCAAUUGGCUGAAAAGAAACCACGCCCACCUGUAAAGAAUAAACCUGCACAUUUGAAAAACGGCUGGAGUACUCAAGAAUAUGGUUUUAUGGGAGGUGCUUCCCAGAAAUCUGAGGGUGUCGUCUUCGGUAAAAGAAGGGAUAUUACUUAA